UUUAAAAGUCGAAAAAAGAAGAAAAUGACUAAAACAAUAAAAGUUGUCUUAGCAUCACAAAUUUUAUUUUUGAUUGUUUGCAAUAUUUCGUUUGUGAAAUAUUCGAAUGCUAUGCGUACACUUCAUCCCAACAGUCAUUAUAAAAAACCAAAACUUGAUAUUGUUCAAACCCCUCUAAACAAUAACAAUGAUCCCAACAAACCAUCAUAUAACAUCAAAAAAUCUACUCAUCCUCAAAUUUGGAAAAUACAAACAAUUGAAAAGAAAAUGGAUACUGAUAUUAAUUUUCCUAAACCAUUGGAAGAAAAACCAUUGGGAGAAAAAGUCAGCAUUAAGAGAAAUAAUUCCAUCUUAAACCGAAAUUCUGGACAAAGUAUGCAUUAUUCAACAUUUUAAA